CAUAGCUUCGUUGGCACGGCUAGGGAAACAGCUGCCAUGCCCCCUGCUGUUGCAAAAUCAAGAACUCUUAGAACUCUUAGAAGCAGAGUGUGACACACACACACACACACAGAGCCGCUUAGCGGCGCUCUGAAGAAUGACAGCAGUCUUUUUUGGUCGGUUCAAAGAUCGUUUGCAGUCAGAUGCUGCGUGUCCUUUUUGGACAUAGAGGUGGACAAGCUGUUCAGCUACUGCAUGAUCCGAGAGUGAAAUUGCGUUCGCUGAAUCGAAUUCUGGAAAAUUGACUGGUUGAAUUAGAAAUGUGUCAGCAUACUUGAAUCGCGUGAAACCGAGAAAGAUGCGGAAAGUAGCACUUGAACCUUGAGUGCACUGCCGAAAGCAAGUGAUCUGUGAGCCCGGCGGCGUCAAAACUCCGAUUUACGACGCGAAUGUAUCGAAGCAAGAGCUCCAAGCCCGUUGGACACCACCGUAGAAACCGCAAGCGAAACAACCAUGAAAGGUGCCGGUAAAGGCCCAAGCCAACGUCCGCGAGCUUCUUCCGGCUGGAGGCAGCCGUUCGGUGGAAAAGGUGAAUCUUUCGGUAAGGGUACCACCUUCACUGAACGUCCCAGUCGUGACCUGCAUCCUCAGCGGAUGGUUUUUGGUGGGUAUUCAAAAGAACGAGCCUCAUACGUCGCUAGCCACAAGGUUGCCGAGAGGGUCAGGAAGAUGGGAGAAGGCCCAGAACGGCGAGCGAUCCCCCCCAGUACAGAGUUCAGAUGCUGACUAUGACUGGGAAGAUGAAGACUGGUACGAAGGUGAGUGGGGUGAUGGCGAUUGGGGUGAUGCUUGGGGAUGGUAUGGCUGGGAUGGCUGGGACGAAGGGUGGCAAUGGUAAAGUUAAAAUCUGGGGGGCAAACGACAAUUGCCAAGCAAUUGGUCGUCGUGCCAGACUUGAUUCCAUUGCGUGGCAUCAAAGCGUGCUUUUGACGACCCUUGCGCUUAAGUGCAUGCCUUCAAGCCAGUACUCGCAUGGCUGCAGCGACACAGUUGUUGGUGGCACAGCCAGAUUGAACUUGCAGCCGAAGCCAUUCAACUUCGGGAGGGAGAUUGAUGUAGCUGGUGGACUUGGCAGCUGAGCCUUGCAUCGGAUGUUGCAGCUGCGCAGCAUUGGGAGAACAUUCUUGAGGAUGGAACUGCCAUUGCGAACGUUGUCAACCUGGUCGCAACAUUCCAGCAGCACCACACCCUGCAUGAUGGGCUCUCUCCUCAGUCUUCAGCCCUUUCAGCCCUUGCAACUCAACUUUCCCGAGGUCGCAAAACAUGCAGGCACGACAGCCACAAUACACUGAACUUCAGCAACAUCCUGCGAAGGCAAGGUGCAGGGAAGAGCAACCUGUCUCCGGGCUUGAGCUACUUCACUUUCCCAUGCCAUUCGAUCCACAAGGUGAGCUGCAGGAGGCGCCUCCAAUGCUUUGCCGUGGCAAGAAAGGGCACAAAAAGCCUGGCCGAAAAACCAUGGGAAUUGUCAGCACAAAAUCGCGGAGAAGGGUUGCCCAGAGAGGUACACUGCACUGAUGCCACACCUGCAAAAGCCACCAGAGAUGCCUUACUCAUGACGAGCAGCUGUGGCAAAAGAAUCGUUGUGUGUUUGUGCCAUAGAUUUUGGACCUCGUUACUGGCAUGUGACAGAUGCUUUGACCAACCUUUGUAAAUGUUUACUCCGUCUGCCAGCUUUGUUGCAUGCUAGAGCGUAGCUUGCAAAGCUAUGGCGCUCAUCCAACCCAUGUUCCAAGCCGGGGUGAGACCUGCAACGUCCCACUGGGUACAGGUCUCCAGGCCGGGCGAAAGAGAUACAGGCUUUGGAAAAAGCCAGGGCUCUGACAGCUUGCGCCGCUUGCGCACAGAACGAAGUCUUGGGGCCCUUUUGCUGGGUGCAAGCCUUAGCGGCCUUGGGGCAGGCUUUUGUAGGUCGAGCUCUAGCAAACACCGCAGAGCACGAAGCCCUGUUUAUGCUUCGCAGUCUGAUGUCGAGCACGGGGUGUCAGACCAGCUUGUGAGGUAUAUGGGUGGCAAUGUUGUUGUUCGCGCUGUUUGUGCAACCGAACUUGUGCAAAAGGUGGUUGGCCAGCAUCAGUGUUCCGCCAUGGCUGGCAUUGCACUUGGGCGGGCAUUGAUGGCAACAACCCUUUUGGCGAAUGGUCGAGACGAAGGGGAGAGUUUGCAGUUGAGGAUACAGGGUGAUGGACCCAUUGGUUCUAUCAUCGCAGAGGCUUCCUCAGCUUUGACUGUUCGUGGCAUGGUUGGCAACCCUAUGGCCGAGGCAUCCUCAGUCCCAGAGCUUGUCGGCUUGGGAGCUGGUUCCACGCUGCGGUUGACCAGGACGCAUCCCUAUUGGAAACGGCCUUAUACAGGCACUAUAGCCCUGAAGUGUGGCGAGAUAGCGGAGGAUGUUGUUCAGUACCUGGGAAUGAGCGAGCAAACCCCAGCAUCCAUGGGCUUGAGCGUAGAGUGGGACUCUGAGGCAGGCUGCGUCAAGCAAGCCGAGGGUUGGCUCGUCACUCUUCUUCCUGGAUGGGAAGAGGCUGAAGUGGCAGUAGUUGAGACCAACAUCAAUACAUUUGAUCGGAUGGAGUCCAGCGGCUUGUCUCGUCCCCAUGAUAUUUGCAAGCACAUGAUGCGCGAACUUCGUGGCAAAUUCCAAGCUGAGCAGGAACCAACCUUUCGCUGCAAGUGUUCGAAGUCCAGGCUGGCCACGGCUGUUAUGAUGCUGGGCAAGUCGGAGGUGCAGAAAAUUCUUCUCGACAAGGAAACGAUUCAGGCACAGUGUGAUUGGUGCGGAAAUCCUUUGACCCUAACCCCAGAGGAGGUGCAACAACACCUUACCAGUGACGAGGGCCAGCAAGAAAUAGCAACAAGCAGCUACACACCCAGGCAAUUGAAGCUUAAGGAGGAGGAACUCAAAGCAAUGCCAGCAACUGGCAACGCUGAUUGGAGCUAAUCAAUGCCAACCCUCCAUACCACCUUUCUUUGCCAGACUCAACACAAAUUACGCAACCUUGAUAUUCUUUGAAAUUCUUGCGAGACUUCUUCUUGGUGGACUGAACAACACACUUUCUGUUUUGUUUGUUGCCCCAGUUGGCAACUUGGUCUUGAGGUGAGGGUCCAGGCAAUAGUUUUGUGCUGUACUGUUGCCUUUGAAAGGCUGCAGCAUCAGCCUUUUUUCGCUUGCCAUGUGGCAACUCAACAUUCUCCUGCUGCAGCAUGUGCUGCGAGCAGCCAGGGUCGACCAGGAAAAUCA